AGUCUGGUCAACCGGAGGUAUAGUGGCAUCAUCAGCAUCACAGCGCGGCUCGCCCCAGACCCCCGCUGUCCGGAUCACGCCAGCCGCCGCUCUCGAGACGCACUCCGCCCGCAGAGUUCCUCCGCACGAGCCAUGAAACAGACUUUACUCGAACUAAUGAGGAUGAACAGAAUUUGUCGGAUGGUAUUGGCCACUUGUUUGGGAUCGUUCAUUCUGGUCAUCUUUUAUUUCCAAAGUAUGUUCCAGCCAGUCAUGCGGAGGAACACAUUCGCGGCGGAGGGGUGCUGUGGGAAAGGAUCCAGGAACGCCCUAGAGGAGCUCUACAACCCAACGCAGACGGAGUUCACGGGGGCGGCUCUGCUGCACCAGGCCCGGCGGGAGCGCGUCUCGGCGGCGUGCCGCGCUCACUCGGCCUCCAGCCGGCAGCGGCGCGUGUUGACGCCGGGCGACCUGCGCCACCUGCUGGUGGACGAGACCCACCGCCUCAUCUACUGCUACGUGCCCAAGGUGGCGUGCACCAACUGGAAGCGGGUGAUGAUGGUGCUGUCGGGCGACGGCAAGAAGUACACCGACCCCAUGCAGAUCCCGCCGGGCGAGGCGCACGUGCCCGGCAACCUGCGGGCGCUCAGCCAGUACAGCAUCGGCGAGAUCAACCGCCGCCUCAAGGGCUACCUCAAGUUCCUGUUCGUGCGCGAGCCCUUCGAGCGCCUGGUGUCGGCGUACCGGAACAAGUUCACGCUGCGCUACAACACCUCCUUCCACCGGCGCUACGGCACCAAGAUCGUGCGGCGCUACCGGCAGAACGCCACCGAGGAGGCCCAGCGGCUGGGCGCCGACGUCACCUUCCGCGAGUUCGCCGCCUACCUGAGCGACCCGGCCACGCAGCGCGAGGGCCCGCUCAACGAGCACUGGCAGACGGUCCACUCGCUGUGCCACCCGUGCCUCGUCCACUACGACGUGGUGGGCAAGUACGAGACGCUGGGGGAGGACGCCGCCACCGUCCUGCGGCUGGCCAACGCCGGCGAGGACGUGCGCUUCCCCGCCUACGCCAAGUCCACGCGCACCACCGACCAGAUGGCCGCCAUGUUCUUCCGCAACAUCAGCGUCCAGCAGCAGCAGCAGCUCUACCAGCUGUACAAGAUGGACUUCCUCAUGUUCAACUACUCCACGCCCGGCUACCUGAAACUGGAGUAGACACAAACACACACACACACACACACACACACACACACACAGGCGCACACACACACACACACACACACACACACACACACACACACACACACACACACACACACGCACACACAGGUACACGUACAAACACUCCACACACACACAUGAACGAGAGUGGAAACAUAUUACCAAGCUGGGCUUCCUUGUUGGUAAAAAGAAAAGAAGAGGAAGACAAGAAGGAUUGAUGGAAAAAGGGAAAACUUGAUAAACUGUCGUCAUGCAGGGUAGGGGUUCGACCAAAAAAAUUAAAGAAACAGGACAAAAUAAUGGACAUAAAAAGGGUAUGGAGCCUGGGAGGGCAGGGCCUUUUUGAUUGGACCAGAGGGUUGUCAGUCAGUGGAGAGCAGAGCUCACACACGAAGAGUGAGGUGCUGAUUGGUCAGUAUUUUGUUCCAUUAGUAAGCAUGUUCCCAGCCAAAAGGUCCACAGCAAGUUGACCAUCCUUACAUAUCAUCACUUAUAAACGUGAGGUGUGUGUUUGCAUUUUCGAGUUUUCAUAUCGGUGUCGAAGCCAUAUUUUUGUUUCACACACAACACGGAGGUGGAUUGACCCAAAUGCUCGCCCAUGAACUGGACAGAUCUGACCCUCACGACUAAAGCCGGCCGGUGUCUGGCUGACGAAGGGAAAUCGGUCUCCAUUAAACGGCAAAUCACACCCCAGCUGGACAUUCCUCUGAUCCACUCCAAGCUGGCCUUUCUAGCGGGAGGGUGUCACUGCCUAUGUGGACAGGCCACAUUUGGGGGCUUGGCACCCGGGACUGAAAGACCUGUGCUGACCACAGAAAGACAUCUCACUCCUCCGCUCCUGAACUCUGGCUCUUAUGUUUGGGUUUUUGUCUCUGUGUUUUGUGUGUGUGUGUGUGUGUGUGUGUGUGUGUGUGUGUAUGUGUGUUUGGAUAUUUGUGUGUGUGUGUGUGUGUGUGUGUGUGUGUGUGUGUGUUAGUGCUUGGGCAAUGGCCUUGCUCAGUCCUGUGUGUUCAAGUGAGGACACAGGAAGUGGUCUUGUAAACAAAACAGGAAGUGUCCUUUUUGAACUUUGGUCACAUGACCUCAAAUGUGAGUGACGGGCCCUCACUCCUCCCAUGGACUCGAGACAGAAGAGAUCGGCCGUGGGGUCAAAGGUGACGACACCCAGACCCUCCAGCUCGAUCAGAACCCUCGCUGCCAUGACCCUUUUAUUAAAUUAAGGAUUUUAUUUUUCUCUUUUCGUUUUCUUUUUGUUGUUUUAUUGUUUUUAUUUUUAUUGUCUUAUGCAAAGUUGCUGCGAGCAGCACAAUGAUGAUCAUUAAAAAAAAAAAAAAAAAAAAGAUUUAUUUAAAUGACUUUUUUGAGGUAGACACAAGAAAAAAGGGGGUUCUAAGGGGGUUAUUAUUAUUAUUUCAUUUUUGUUCCUGGGAAGCACAGAUGGCUAGUGUCCACCGCUACCGGACCGCUGCUGACUCUCAGCCGGCUUUGGGCCAGAUGUGGCCCGGACCUGGGCCAGACUCGCUGGCUCUGUGGGCCGGUGAAGGUUCUAAGUGUCUCUCGGUUUGUGUUUGUGUGGUAUGGCGUGCUGCUGGUGUCGCUGGCUCGGUGACGGGUGUGUGUGUGUGUGUGUGUGUGUGUGUGUGUGUGAGUGCAAUGCUGUGGCUUUGCUGGGCCUUUGUGUUCCAUGCUUGGAGUCCCGACUCUUCAUUGUCCCGCCCACACUGGGUUCACUGACAGGGUGUUUGCUGCCUUCCAU